GGUUUCCGCGUAUGGACGGAAUUGGCUCUAUGCCAGAUGUUUGGCACGGUCUCCUGCUGAACAGUAUAAAAAGCACAAGGACGCUGACCCCUACAUGAAUAUAGCUCAGGAGCCUUCAGCUGCGAUCCAGACGCUUCCCCUUCUCCUCUUACAAGCUGUAGCCCUGGGCUAUAUGCAUAUGGGCUGCGGAUUCUAUAGACGAUAACACAAGGGUUAAUGUAGAGGUUGGCACUGCAGAAUAAUCCCUGUGGAAGGAUAGCCGGGAUCGGAGACUCUGAUGUCUGGAACGUGACGUUGGGACUUGUUGGAAUUAUAGGAAACUGGAAACCAUGGAGAGUCAAAUUCCAAUCAAUAUAACGGAAAAAGAAGAAAAGGUGAAAACUGAGGAUGAUCCUGGUCAAUGUUCUAAGAGCCUGGUGCUCUUUUGUACUGCAAUUCAUUACAUUUCAGGAGAAAUGAAGGAACUUGGUGACUGGUUAAAAGAUAAACCUCUCCCUUUCCAGUUCAUUGACUGGGUUCUACGUGGAACAUCACAAGUGAUGUUUGUAAAUAAUCCUCUUAGUGGACUUCUUAUCGUGAUUGGCCUCUUCCUCCAGAACCAAUGGUGGGCAAUCGCAGGCUGCUUGGGCACAGCCGUGUCUACCCUCACAGCUCUAAUUCUCAGCCAAGACAGGUCGGCGAUCGCAGCGGGAUUGUAUGGCUACAAUGGUACCCUUGUGGGAUUGCUCAUGGCAGUCUUCUCCGACAAAGGAGAUUGGUACUGGUGGCUGCUUCUUCCCGUGACCGUCAUGUCAAUGACCUGUCCAGUCUUAACCAGUGCCUUGGCCUCCGUCCUCGGUAAAUGGGACCUUCCUGUCUUCACGCUGCCCUUCAACAUUGCUGUCUGCCUGCACAUAGCUGCCACCGGACACUACAAUGUCUUCUUCCCUACGGUGGCUAUCCAACCCAUAGACUCCGUGCCAAACAUAACCUGGUCUGAUGUGCAGGUGCCUUUGUUGCUGAAGGCAGUCCCGGUUGGCGUUGGGCAGGUAUAUGGAUGCGAUAACGCGUGGACGGGGGGAAUAUUCCUGGUGGCCCUGUUCGUCUCCUCUCCGAUAAUUUGUAUGCACGCUGGCAUUGGAUCGGCUCUGGGGAUGUUGGCAGGGCUGAGUGUGGCCGCACCUUUUGAGAAAAUCUAUUUCGGACUGUGGGGUUACAAUCCCGUUCUCGCCUGCAUUGCGGUAGGGGGCAUGUUCUACGCUCUGACCUGGCAGUCUCAUUUACUCGCGAUAUCGUGUGCCUUAUUCUGUGCGUACCUUGGGGCUGCACUUGCAAACAUGAUGGCCGUGUUUGGGUUGCCUUCGUGUACGUGGCCUUUCUGCCUGUCCGCUCUCAUCUUCUUGUUGAUCACCACAAAUAAUCCCGCUAUUUACAAGAUGCCCUUGUCUGAGGUUACUUACCCGGAGGCCAACAGGAUCUAUUACAUCGGCAUGAAGAAGGAAAAGAGAGAAAAAGGCAAAAAUAAUAUCUGACC